AUGCCGGAGUCUAUCAUUAUCCAGGGCGCCCAUAAUAACAAGCAAAAUGUUCUCAAGCCGAUUUCGACCUUCACCGGUGAAGUCUAUCUAGAUUUAAUCUUGAUGGAAUCGACUGCCGCGCUAGCCAAUGUCACUUUCACACCGUGUGCGCGGACACACUGGCAUACUCAUGAGGGAGGCCAGAUGAUUCACGUGUCUUCUGGAUCUGGCUGGAUCUGUGACAAGGGCAAGGAGGCACGUCGGAUUACAGCGGGGGAUGUUAUUUGGGCGCCCCCUGGCACCACUCACUGGCACGGCGCUGAUGACGGCUCUAUCAUGACCCAUUUUGUCGUGGGCAUUGGCGAGACCAAAUGGCAUGAGCAAGUUACCGAUGAGGAAUACAAAAAGCGAGGGGAAAAUUGA